AUGAAUUUUCCUGAGUUUUUCUUGGUAAUAGUGUUUUCAAUAUUAAUUUCCAAAGUUCAUUUGGAGACUUUGAUGAGUAAUGAUGAUCCUAAAAUGGAUUUAAGCAUACCGGAGAAUAUGGACUCAAGCUUAAUGAAUAAUGGAGAGAGUGAAGGGAUGGGAAAUUUGAGUCCUAAUAUGGAUUUUUCACCUGGCCUUGAUCAUCAGGAUGGUGCUCAUGAUCAUUUAAAUUUGAGUAUAGAUAACCAGCCGAACGAAUUAGAUAAUGAAAAGCUUUCUUUCGGAGAUUUAGAUACUAAUAAUGAACUUGAAGAAAGAGGAGACUUAAAUUUUGAAGACAAGCUUGAUGAUUCAGAUAGUAACAUUAACCAUUCAGUUGGAAAUGCAGUGGAUUCAGAGGAAGGUAUUUUGAACGCAAGUUUUGAUAGCAGGUCUGCUGAUUUAAAAGAUAUAGAUGAAGCUUCAGUAGGAAACAACUUAAGUGAUGAAUUCGGGAACUCAGACUUUUUGGAUAAAAAUGAUAUGGAGCACAAGGAAGAAGCAAACAAUCAUUUUGGUGAAGAGGUAGAAAAUCAAGGAGAUACGUCUGAUGGUAGCCAUGAGUUUUAUUUGCUGAAUAGCGAAUCAGGUGAAAACCAUCCUUCUCGGGACUACGGGUCAGCAACAGUAGAAGAUAGAAUGAACACGAAUGAGGAAGCUUCUCAACCAGAGAUACAUGUGGAAAGCAGAGCAACUCUUCCGGCACCACCCUCACAAACUUCACCAGAUUCUUCUGGAAAUGGUGGAGAUGGUAAUGGUGGAGGAUUCCCAAACACUUCAACAUCAGGAACAACAGAAACAUCAGGAACAUCAGAACCAACUACAAAUACUGGAGGAGACGGUCAGGGAACUGGGAAUACUGGAGGAAAUGGGAGUGGUGACGGAAGUGGGAAUGUUGGAGAUGAUUCCAAUUUAGUAGAACAAAAAUCAGACAAUGGAGCAAUUAUAGGAGGUUCAGUUGUUGGUGCUUUGUUAGGAGCAGGAGCAAUUUCAGGAGGACUUUCCUGGUUUUUUAUUAAUAAAAAGAAAGAAGAAGAGAGAAAAAAAAGAUUGAGGGCGAUCAGAGAAAGAAGAGCUAGAUUAGCCGCUUUGAGAAACAGUAUAUCUGAAUCAGGAGCUACUUCAGAGGAGAGUGCAUCAGGAAUUGGAGGUAGAAAUGCGGUAGCAAGAGCUCGAGCUAGUAGUGGAGGUGGGCUUGGAUCUUCCUCAUUGGUUACUAUUGAUACUUCAAGCAGUUCAAGUCAGAAUUUAGAUUCGAGUGCCUUCUCCCUUCCAGUAAUAGAUAUUCAUACAGGAAACAAGGGUGGAAGAAAAAUGACAGCUGGAGCUCAAAACCAAAAUUUAAGGGGUUCAGGCAAUCAGAGUGGAAACGGAAAAUCCAGGUUAAGUCUUGCUACGGAAUUGAGUAAUUAUGAAUAA